AUGGGAAUAUUUCUAGCACUUGUGAUUGCUACUGUUGUAACACUCUAUUGGUUUUUCAAGAGAACAUUCAAUUAUUGGAGUAAUUUGGGCAUUCAACAAUUUCCUACAACCUUUCCUGAAGGGAAUUUUAAGGGAGUUGGAAAGACACAAAGCAUAGCAGAAUUUACAGUUAAUUAUUAUAGAAAAACGAAAGAAAUAAAUGCUCGAUUCAGUGGUCUUUACAUGUUGAUUCGACCUUCAUUGUUGAUUGUAGAUUUGGAUCUUAUUAAAACAAUUCUAAUCAAAGAUUUCAAUGUAUUUCCGAAUCGAGGGAAUUUCCAUAAUGAAAAAGACGAUCCUAUUAGUGCUCAUUUGUUCAAUCUCGAAGACGAUCCAUGGAGAAAUUUGAGACAAAAACUUACGCCAACUUUUACAAGUGGAAAACUUAAGAUGAUGUUUGGAACAAUUUCUGAAGUCGCUGAUAAGCUUUUGCAAGUCAUCGAUAGACAAAUUGAAGCGACUGGGCAAUUGGAAGUUAAAGAUACACUUGCACGGUUCACAACAGAUGUCAUUGGAACGACAGCUUUUGGAAUCGACUGCAGCUCACUUGAAGAUAAGAAUUCAAAGUUUUAUGAAAUGGGAACGAAGAUUUUCAAUACACCGGGACCGUUUGUUAAAAGAAUUUUAAUGAAUUUAUUUAAAGAAACCUCAAAAAAACUGGGAGUUAAACCCGUUCCAGAGGAUAUUUCCAGCUUCUAUUUGGAAAUUACCAAACAAACUGUUGAAUAUCAAAAAGCAAGGCAGUCGGUUAAAGAUGCAAUGAAGAAACAUGAAAAUCAAUUGAAUUAUGACUCAGUUGCUGAUAUGGAUUAUCUUGAACAAUGUGUUGAUGAAACUCUCAGAAAGUAUCCAGUGGUUGUUAAUUUACAACGAACAUCUAGAGAAGAUUACAGAAUCCCAGAUUCUGAUGUCAAUCUUCCAAAGGGCUCAUCAAUUGUUAUUCCUGUUUAUGCUAUCCAUCAUGACGCCUCAAUUUACCCAGAACCAGAGAAAUUUAUCCCUGAUCGAUUCACCACUGAAGAGAAAGCAAAACGACAUCCAUGUGCAUACAUUCCAUUUGGCGAAGGUCCCAGAAUUUGCAUUGGCAUGAGAUUUGGCAUUGUCGAAACAAAACUUGGACUUGCAAAACUUUUGCUUAACUAUAAAUUCACUUUAGAUCGAUCAAAGACUUCCGUUCCAUUGAAGAUCUCACCAACUCAGUUCGUUCUGACUCCAACUGAAACGAUCAUGAGCAGUUUAAAACAUGAUUUUGGAAUACAAUACGCAGGAAUGAUUUCAAAUAUUGAAGACAUUUUAUUAACAUGGAAGGACAGAGUUACAUUAUCAAAAUCACCUUCAAAAGUUGCUGUUUUAACUGGUGGUAAUCGUGGAAUUGGAAUUCAUGUUCUGAAAAAAUUACUCGAAUGUGACAUGAAUGUCGUUCUCGGUGUGCGAGAUCCAAUCGCAUCAAAAAAAGCUGUUGAAGAUUUCAUAAAAGAUUCAACUAUGAAAGGAAAAGUUUUUUACGAGAAAUGUGAUACUGGCGACUUGUCAUCAGUUAAAAACUUUGCUAAAAAUAUUCAAGACAAAUUCUCUGCUAUUCAUAUUCUCAUUAACAAUGCUGGAAUAUUGUUUGUUCCAUACCAAAAAACUAAUGACGGCUUCGAAUCACAAAUGGCUGUUAAUUAUUUGGGUCAUUUUAUGUUAACUCAUCUUUUAAUGCCGCAAUUGAUUGCUGGGUCACUGAACAGCGAUGGAAAGAAUUCUCGUGUUGUUAACGUUUCUUCAUGCGCGAAUGAAGUUGGUCGCUUGAACUACGAUGAUUUCAACUACGACAAGUAUUACCACUCAGGCUUAGCUUACGGUGACAGUAAACUGGCUCAGAUUGCUUUUACUAAACAUUUGGACAAUCUCUGUCGAGAAAACAAUUGGAAAGUUCAGUGUCAUGCAGCUCAUCCUGGAAUUGUUGACACUGAAAUAUACAAGCAUUCAGUUUGGAGCAGUUUAAAAUACACCGCUGAACGAGGAUCAAGAACGGUUGUUUAUGCUGCCAUAUCUCCAGAUCUUGAAGAUGCUGGUGGAAAUUACUUGAACAAUUGUCGAAUCUCUAAGCCGAACAAAAUCGUCAACAAUAAAGACGAAUGCAAGAAAUUUUUUGACUUCACUUGUAACAUGCUUGGCAUUGAAGAUUUUGGGAAAAAAUGGAGAAAGUUAAAGUUUGAAGCUAGAAUGAGUGUGAAUGGAAUGAUUGGAAGCACAAUUGAUCUAUUUUAUAAAUCUUUCGACAAUGUUGUUUUAUAUCCAAAGCCUAAUAAAGUCGCAGUCAUUACGGGUGGAAAUCGUGGAUUAGGCUUAGCAGUUAUUCAAAAGUUUCUCGAAUGUGACAUGACAGUUGUGAUGGGUGUCAGAAACCCUGAAGAAAGCAGAAGAAGUGUUGAAAAAGCUUUUGAAAAAUUGUCAUUGAAAGGGAAAGUUUUGUAUGAGAAAUGUGACACUGGAGAUAUGUCGUCAGUGCGAAGUUUUGCCAAGUCUGUGAAGGAGAAAUAUUCAGCCAUUCAUGUGCUUGUGAAUAAUGCGGGAAUUCUCUCAGUUCCCCGCGUCAUAACAAAAGACGGUUUCGUCUCGCAGAUGGCUGUGAAUUACUUGGGUCAUUUCUUGCUUAAUCAUUUACUUAUGCCGCAAGUAAUUGCUGGAUCAACAAAAGAACAAAGUUCAAGAAUCGUGAGCAUCACUUCUUGUGUACACAGUAUUGGUGAGAUCAGAUACGAUGACUUCACUUACGCGAACUAUUAUCGUUUCGGAAUGGUUUACUCCGACAGCAAAUUAGCCCAGGUCAUGUUUUCAUCGUACCUUCAAUACAUUUGUAAACAAAACAAUUGGAAUGUUCAAGCACAUUCGGCGCAUCCAGGUAUUGUCAACACUGACAUCUUCAGCAAAUCUUUCAUGGGUCCAUGGGCUAAACUUCCAAUACUCAAACAUUGGUUCAAAUCUCCUGAACGAGGUUCUCGUGCUGUUGUUUAUGCUGCAAUAUCUCCAGACCUUGAAGGCAAACCUGGAACUUACAUAAGUAACUGCCGAAUCAGCAAACCACACUGGAAGGGAUCAGAUCCAAUAGCAUGCAAAAAGUUAUUCGAUUUCACAUGUGCACUUUUAAACAUUCGUUCUUUUGGUACAAGUCAGAUGGGACUUCUAGCUUUAGUAAUUAUCUUGAUUAUUUUAAUUACAGCAAUUUUAAAGUUUUAUAAAACCGAUGAAUUUCCUAAAAAGUGGAGAAAGUUAAAGUUCGAAGCUAGAAUGAGUUGGGUUGGCAUAAGUGGAAGCACAAUUGAUUUAUUUUACAGAUCCGUCGACAAUGUUGUUUUAUAUCCAAAGCCUAAUAAAGUCGCAGUCAUUACGGGUGGAAAUCGUGGAUUAGGCUUAGCAGUUAUUCAAAAGUUUCUCGAAUGUGACAUGACAGUUGUGAUGGGUGUCAGAAACCCUGAAGAAAGCAGAAGAAGUGUUGAAAAAGCUUUUGAAAAAUUGUCAUUGAAAGGGAAAGUUUUGUAUGAGAAAUGUGACACUGGAGAUAUGUCGUCAGUGCGAAGUUUUGCCAAGUCUGUGAAGGAGAAAUAUUCAGCCAUUAAUAUUCUUGUAAACAAUGCAGGAAUACUUGCAAGUCCUCGAGUUUUAACAAAAGACGGUUUCAUCUCGCAGAUGGCUGUUAAUUAUAUCGGACAUUUCUUACUUACUCAUCUGCUUUUGCCACAAUUAAUUGCUGGCUCAACGAAAGAAGAAAAAGCAAGAGUUGUCAAUGUAGCUUCAAGUGUUCAUUGUAUCGGUGAAAUUAGAUACGAUGACUUUAUAUACGAAAAUUACUAUCGUUUCGGAAUGGCAUAUUCUGACAGCAAAUUAGCUCAAGCCAUGUUUACAUUUCAUCUUCAGAAAAUAUGUCGAGAACACAAUUGGAAUGUUCAAGUACAUUCUGCACAUCCAGGCAUGGUAAUAACAGACAUUUUCAACAAGUCAUUUAUGGGUCCAUGGUCCAAACUUCCAAUUCUUCACAACUGGUUCAAAAGUCCUGAACAAGGAUCACGUUCUGUUGUCUAUGCUGCGAUAUCUCCAGACCUUGAGGGAAAGAGUGGAACUUACAUAAGCAACUGUCAAAUCAUUACUCCUCAUAAGAAAGCUUCAGAUCAGAAAGAAUAGUUGAUUCAACUUCCAAAUAAAGUUGCUGUGAUAACAGGCGGGAAUCGUGGCAUUGGAAUUCACGUGGUGGAGAAACUUUUAAGAUGUGGAAUGACAGUUGUUAUGGACGGUUUCGAAUCCCAAAUGGCAAUCAAUCAUCUUGGACAUUUUCUCUUAACGCAUCUCUUGAUGCCACAACUCAUCGCUGGUUCAAAGAAUAAUGAUGGAAAGAAUACCAGAAUUGUUAAUGUUUCAUCCUGCGUUCAUCGUGUCACAGAAAUGAAUUAUGAAGAUUUCCAUUGCAAAAAAUAUUAUUACCCUGGUGAUGCAUAUGCCAAAAGUAAACUAGCACAAGUUUAUUUCACAAAACAUUUGGAAAACUUUCUACGAGAAAAGAAUUUAAACAUUCAAGUUCACUCAGUCCAUCCAGGAAUUGUCAACACAGAUUUAUUUGAACAUUCAAGCAACACUUACAUUCCAUGGUUUAAAGAUAUUUUCUAUAAGAAACCCGAAGCUGGAUCGCGUACAAUUGUCUAUGCUGCAAUUUCACCGUAUCUUGAAGGUAAAGGGGGAAGCUACUUGAGCAAUUGCUAUUUCGAUAAAUCACACACAAAAGCCAAAGAUCCUGCAGUGACAAAGCAGCUUUUUGAUUUUUCUUGUGAUGUUUUAAAAAUCAAAACAUUUGGUGAGGUUUAGGAACUCUAAGAAGUAGAAUAUUAUGUAAUGCAUUAUUUUUUAUGAUAAAUAUAAAUGUGCUAGAAAUUAUGAAAA